GGCUGUCGCCGCUGGGGAUGCUGCGGCAGGCGGGGCUGUGGCGCCUGUGGCGGCGACCUGGGGCGGCGGGGGUCCCGGUGAAGAAUCUUGGCCGCAGGGAGGUUGCCUCUCGUGUCUCUCUCCCUGGCGGCACCUCGCCCAGAACCCUGAAUAUCUUCGACCGGGAUUUGAAGAGGAAACAGAAAAACUGGGCGGCCCGGCAGCCCGAGGCGAUGAAGUUUGACUACCUGAAGGAGGAGGUGAGACCGCAGGUUGGAAGUCGGAUCGCAGACCGUAUAUAUGACAUAGCCAGAGAUUUCCCCCUUGCUUUGGACAUUGGUUGUGGAAGAGGUUACAUAGCACAACACUUGAAUAAGGAAACUAUUGGAAAGUUUUUCCAAACAGACAUUGCAGAAAAUGCUUUGAAAAAUUCCUUAGAAACGGAAAUUCCUACUGUCAGUGUUUUAGCUGAUGAAGAAUUCCUGCCCUUCCGAGAAAACACGUUUGACCUGGUGGUUAGCAGUUUAAGUUUGCACUGGGUAAAUGACCUUCCUAGAGCACUUCAACAGAUUCAUUAUAUUUUAAAACCAGAUGGAGUGUUUGUUGGUGCAAUGUUUGGAGGCGACACGCUCUAUGAACUUCGGUGUUCAUUACAGUUAGCAGAAACGGAAAGGGAAGGAGGAUUUGCUCCACACGUUUCUCCUUUCACUGCCGUCAAUGACCUAGGACACCUGCUUGGGAGAGCUGGUUUUAAUACACUGACUGUGGACACUGAUGAAAUUCAAGUUAAUUAUCCUGGGAUGUUUGAAUUAAUGGAAGAUUUACAAGGUAUGGGUGAGAGUAACUGUUCUUGGAAUAGAAAAGCCCUGCUGCACCGAGACACGAUGCUGGCAGCCUCAGCGGUGUACAGAGAAAUGUAUAGAAAUGAUGAUGGUUCAGUACCUGCCACAUAUCAGAUCUAUUACAUGAUAGGAUGGAAAUACCAUGAUUCACAGGCAAGACCCGCUGAAAGAGGUUCCGCAACUGUGUCAUUUGGAGACCUAGGAAAAAUAAGCAAUCUUAUGUCACAGGAGAAAAAAUCACAAUAAAUAUUUUAUUCAGUGUUAA